AUGACUACUCCGCGCGACUGCCAAGAUCGGUGAUUUGUCGGUGCAAGUAACAUGCCGCUCCAUGGUCCCAUGUCUCGCGCCUCUACUUAUCUUGGUGAGUACGAGCGCGUCAAUUGUUGGUGAGACCGGUGCACGUUCUGUUGACACCGCCAAGGAAUGUGAUGUGAACGAUCCAAUCACCGAUCCAACGCUACCGCACGGUGCACGGAUCGGCCGGAGUCCGUUGUUAGGUGACCGAAGACCGGUACCAUAAAGGCGUCGGCUAAAUCUCGCCUUUUCGCCUUUCUGGUUCCCACCUCUCAUCGUAUAGCAGUCUGUCGUUCCUUUGAGCCCACGAUCGUUUACCAUGGCCCGCUUUUCCGCCCUACUUUUCCUGGCCGCCGCGCUUCCCUUCGUACUCGCUGGCUCGGACAGUUGCGCAGACUCCGAAUUCUAUUAUGGAAUCAAAGACUGCUGUCUUCCGUAUGGCGGUACAUCCAAUACGACAUCGCCUCCUCAGGGGAAUGAGCAAUGCCCUACAAACGGCUGGUACUGGCACGACGGCAAAGAGGCCUGUGUUCCGAAGAAGCCGGUUGAUCAAAGCCCUACUCCCCAGUGCUCUGGUGGCUGGGAGUGGAACGAGUCUUCCUCUACCUGCUGCGAGCCCCACACCACGACGACGUCCGCAUCGCCGACUCCAUCUGCAAAGGGCAUCAGCUCGCACCACAAACGUAUUCUGAAAUCGCGUAACAACCCCCUCUGCCCCGACAACUUGGAGGCUUGCCCCAUUGCCGGCUUGGGUGGGCUCACGGGAGACUAUGAGUGCCUCGAUACCAUCGCUGAGCUUGAGUCGUGCGGUGGUUGCGCAUCCACUGGAGAAGGACAGGACUGCGCUGCCAUCGAGGGUAUAUGGAAUGUGGGGUGCGUGCGCGGGCACUGCGCAAGUAAGUCGGGUCAUGUCAUAUCAACCGAGAUCAUGGGCAUCUGACCACGAUAUGGAAGUUUAUACCUGUGCACAGGGUUACAAACGGUCUGCAGAUGGGAAAUCGUGCAUCAAACUAUGAGUGUGGUUCAGCUGCUCAGCUGGACGCACAGAACCGCAAGCACCUGAGG